AUUAGAUUAGUGCAAUUAUGGUUGGGGAUUCACAAACUGUUCCUUUAAACAAGAGACACAGUGAAGCAGUCUGACAGUCAUAGAGAGGGUUAGGGUUAGUCAGACAGUCAAAGAGAGGUAGUGUCAGAGUGAAGAGGGGCGUGCCACUAGAUAUUAUUUCACUUAUUUCUCCAUAUUAUUUUACUCUUCAUUUUGGACCUGUUCUCCAAACCCUCAACCUGCUCCUCCUACUACAAUGCCAUCCCAACUUGAGAGGCUGGCUCUGUUCCGGGUCUGGUCCACGAUGGUCCUGCUCUACACCUCGGACCACAGGAAGGGCUGGAGACAUAUCCUCCUCCACUUCCUCAGCUGCUUGACCCUGAGCCUGGCCUUAGGAGGGGCUCUCCUACUGGGCCUCUACUUCUCUCUGAACUACAGCCUAGUGGUGUGUGGAAUCACCUCAGGCUGCUGCUCACUCCUGUUGACAGCUGUCCUGUUCUGCUCCAAGAGAGUCCGCUGCUUCUCCUUGCUGUUUCUUAUCUCCUGCACUAUGAAGCAGGGCAGGAACCUGCUUCUGACGGCAGGCACUGGGCUGGUGAUCAUCUGGAAUGUCCAGAACACUUUAAGAAACCUCAGAGAAGUGUCCAGCAGUCUGGUGUGUAACCUGGAGAAGAAGAGAGUGUUGUUGGACAUCAGUCCAAUAAAUAACUAUGUCAAUCUGCUGAGGUGGGUGGGUGAGAAGCUCAACAAGUUCAUAGACUUUGGAGUUGUCAAGUACGAGUCAUCAUUCACCGUCGGACACAGCGUUGAGUCCAACGAUCUGACGGUGAAACUUCAGGAUGCUGUCCGGACACUGAACACAACAGCGAAGAGCACUGAGGUGUGCAUCGACCUGGUGAUGGCUGUGUUCCAGAGAGGAGUCCCGGUACUAGGGGUCACCCUGGUCAUCAUCACCACUACCCUGUUCCUCAGAAAAUACUUCUUCAACCUCAAGUACCAGAACACUUUCAUCACCAGCAGGUUUAUUAGAUACGAUGAUCAACAGAGAGCUGAGGGGAAGCCCUACCUCCUCCCUCUGAGCCCAGAGGAGGCAGAUCAGUUCCGCUCUAUCCCCUCUGCCCGCUUCACACGGAGAGAGGGCUACACCAUGCUCUGGUUCCUGGUUCCAGUGCUCACCCACCUCCCAACCUGGCUCUUAUUCAUCUCCCUGGACGCACUGCUCUACUGGCUUAUUCUGAUUAUCAACAAACACCUUCUGGAACUGAAACCAUUCAGCAUUAACCUAAAGAUGAACCUAAACGAAGACAACAGCAUCGUGUUUAUCCCUCUCCCAGGGGGAGUCAUCAUGGAGGAUUUCUCCUACACCUUCACCCUCUUUCAGGAGGAUUGCCUUCCCCAGCCCUCCCUGCUCCUCUCCAGGUCUCUGGUCCCACUGUCUGUUAUCCUGGUUGUUCUACUGGUCCUAGACCUGCUGUCUGCCAAGAUGGGUCAGCUCAAACUACUGGUUUCAGAACAAUUCUACAACGACAACGCAGACCAGAGGGUGCAGCAACUUCAUGCUAAGAUCAGCCACAAAAGAGCCAAGACGAGGCCUCCAACGAAGAGGACUGCUCUGCUGAGACUGCUAAAUCAAAAAAGCUUCUGGUUUCCACUGUUCUUCCACACUGCGAAGGAGAAUGAUAUGCGUCUCACCUGAAGAAAUCCAAAACAGUGAUCAUCUGGGAAAUUGAUUUUUGCUUUGUCAUGCAUUCAGGCAAUCACCUGUAGAAUUACUUAAAGACCUAGGACUAGAUUCAAUUUGGUUUUGACUUGCAUUGCUAUUUUGUGUAAAUGUUGCACAAAGAUCAACAGUUGCCUACCUGGUUAAUUAGAUAAAGGUGAAAUAAAAAAAAAUUCUAAUCGCUGUAAAUAUGUCUUGUAUUAUAAACACAUUUCUAUAGUUAGUGUGUGAAUAAGUUUGUUGUACAAAGGAUUGGGCUCCAAAACUAUCACAAAUAUGGCUUUGACUUCAUUAAAGUAAAUCUCAGAGUAAUCUUCUCUGAUUUGCUUUGAUGUUGUCUUUAUGAAUAAGAUACAGUUGAAGUCGCAAGUUUAUAUACACCUUAGCCAAAUACAUUUAAACUCUGUUUUUACCAAUUCCUGAUAUUUAAUCCUAAUAAAAAUUCCCUGUUUUAAGUCAGUUAGAAUAAUAGUAGAGAGAAUGAUUUAUUUCAGCUUUUAUUUCUUUCAUCACAAUGGUCAUUAUGGCCAAAUAGUUAUAUUUUUGUUUCAUCAGACCAGAGGUCAUUUCUCCAAAAAGUACGAUCUUUGUCCCCAUGUGCAGUUGCAAACCAUAGUCCGGCUUUUUAUGGCUGUUUUGAAGCAGUGGCUUCUUCCUUGCUGAGCGGCCUUUCAGGUUAUGUCGAUAUAGGUGUAACGGUUUUCUUGACUUGAAGGAGAGGCGGACCAAAAUGCAGCGUGGUUUCUAUUCAUGGUUCUUUAAUGAAGAAAACUAUACAUGAACAGACUAACAAAAACAAGAACCGUGAAACCCUAAAACAGUCCUAUCUGGUGCAAACACAGAGACAGGAACAAUCACCCACAAACCCCAACACCAAACAGGCUACUAAAUAUGGUUCCCAAUCAGAGACAAUGAAUAACACCUGCCUCUGAUUGAGAACCAUAUCAGGCCAGACAUAGAAAUAGACAAACAAGACAUCCAACAUAGAAUGCCCACUCAGAUCACACCCUGACCAAACAAAACAUAGAAACAUACAAAGCAAACUAUGGUCAGGGUGUGACAAUAGGACUUGUUUUACUGUGGAUAUAGAUACUUUGUACCCGUUUCCUCCAGCAUUUUCACAAGGUCCUUUUCUGUUGUUCUGGGAAUGAUUUGAACUUUUCGCACCAUAGUACAUUCAUCUCUAGGAGACAGAAUGAGUCUCCUUCCUGAGCGGUAUGACGGCUGCGUGGUCCAUGGUGUUUAUACUUGCGUACUAUUGUUUGUACAGAUGAAUGUGUUACCUUCAGGCAUUUGGAAAUUGCUCCCAAGGAUGAACCAGACAUGUGGAGAUCUACACAUUUUUUUCUGAGGUCUUGGGUGAUUUCUUUUGAUUUCCCAAUGAUGUCAAGCAAAGAGGAACUGAGUUUGAAGGUAGGGCUAGAAAUACAUACACAGGUACACCUCCAAUUGACUCAAAUUAUGUCAAUUAGCCUAUCAGAAGCUUCGAAAGCCAUUACAUAAUUUUCUGGAAUUUUCCAAGAUGUUUAAAGGCACAGUCAACUUAUGUUAACUUCUGACCCACUGGAAUUGUGAAAAGUGAAAUAAUCUGUCUGUAACCAAUUGUUGAAAAAAUUACUCGUGUCAUGCACAAAGUAGAUGUCCUAACGACUUGCCAAAACUAUAGUUUGUUAAUUAACAAGAAAUGUGUGGAGUGGUUGAAUUAAUGACUGACAUAAGUGUAUGUAAACUUCCGACUUCAACUGUACAUGCAUUUAAAUUGUGCUCUAACGCUCAUAAAUAUGCCUUUGAUUUCAUUAAAGUAAACCUCAAACAUAAAGCAAUCUUCUCUUUUUUUAUUUUCUUUAUAUGCAUUACAAUGGCAACGGCAAUGUCUUCCAACUGCAAGAAGUCCUCUAGCAAUGUCUGAUCUUUUACUUAUGUGUUUUGUUAGACAACUUUUUAGGCUUUCAAGGUGUUGGUCUGAUGGGAAUCUGUGACGUCAUCUUGUUUGAGGAACAAUAAAUAACAAAAGAGGAUAGCCCCAA